AUGAGCAAGAACGACUCGGAAAUUCUCUCCGAGUCCAUAGCUGGAUUUGACACUGAAACAGUUGAUUUGACUCUGAAAAACAUGGAUGAUGGUCUAGAGGUUGAAAGUGAGGCGAGUAACUGGACGGGACAAGAGAAUAGACGCGGACCGGACGCAAAAAAUUCACCAGAGAUAGUAGAAACCAUCUCCAGCCGGAGAGUGAAGAACGUCACGACUACUUGGGGGACGGUGGUGGUAUCUUGCGGCGUCGGAGGUGGAGCUCCAAGAAACCAAAUCACCCACUCGUCGGAAAGUGCUGAGAUACGGUGUGGUUGCAGUGAGAGGAUGAGGUGUUGUCGAAGAGUGUCUUUACACAUUGAUGUUAGCGUUAAAAUUCUUGACAGAGAACAAGCUACAGAUCUAGAAACCGACCUUGGAGAGGUGGUUCUCCGAACAGGAGGGGGAGAGACAGUUGUAAAAGCUGCCGGAGAGACAACCGUAGGAGACGGUGAAGACACAGAUUCAGAUGUUGAAGACGAUGAUAGAGCAAAGAGAGAGCAGAUCGGAGCAAGUGUCGGAGUUGACGACCCGAAGCCGGCGGCCAGAGGCCUUGCCGGUGUCGAGAAAGUUUGCUUGCGGUGCUGCUUUGGUAAUCGUGUCUAG